AUGCUCGGAAUCAUCUUCAUCAUUCUCGGCCUAUUGCAUGUGGCUCCCGGAGACCCAGCCAUCCAAAUGAUGGGCAUCGGUGGGGGUAGCUCAAGUGGAGAGGUUACCCAGGAAAACGUGGACUUCGAAGCGCGCAUCGCUGCGUUCAAGAAGGAGCAUGCGCUCGACCGCAGCUUCAUGGUCCAGUACCUGGGAUUCCUUGGGCCCUUCAACGUGAAACCCGACGGCCACGAGUUGUUCGGUGGGGAUGGUCGCCGACCCUACGGAGGCUUCCUGGCGUUCGACUUUGGCAAGGAGCUUCUCAACAAGAACAAGCUCAUCGGCGAUGAGAUCAAACAGCGUUUGCUCUCCACGACUCUGCCCUUGGCCUUGAUCUCGAUCAUGCUGACGUAUCUGCUGGCUCUUCCGAUUGGGAUCUAUUCCGCCAAUCGUGCGGGAACGACGAUUGACACGGUCACUACUGUCGGGCUCUUCGUCAUGUACUCGAUUCCAGUCUUCUGGGCAGGCUUGAUGUUGAAAUUGGCCUUUGGAGCGACGGGAUUGGGCCUUUUGCCUGUGAUUGGCUUGCAUAGCCGAGACGCGGCGGAGAUGUCGACGAUCCCAUACCUCUGGGAUGCAUUCAAACACUUUCUGAUGCCCGUGACCGUCAUGACUUACGGCAGCUUGGCGUACAUUUCACGCCAGAUGCGAACGGGCAUGAUCGAGGUUAUCCAUCAGGACUUCAUUCGCACCGCCCGCGCGAAAGGCCUCGGCGAGCGCGCGAUCAUCUUCAAGCACGCUCUGCGCAACUCGAUGAUUCCUGUGAUCACGAUCUUCGCAUCGAUCCUACCCAUCUUGAUCGGAGGCAGCUUGGUGAUUGAGGUCGUGUUCGACUUGCCGGGCAUGGGCGAGUACAUGUUCAAAGGCCUCUUGAAACGCGACUACAACAUCAUCAUGGCGACCAUGACGUUGUCCGGUGCGAUGACCCUAGUGGGCAUCCUGCUUUCGGAUAUCGCCUAUGCACUCGUAGACCCACGCAUCAAGUACUCCUGA